AUGCAUCACGACAGUCACGGAACUGCCACCAGGCCUUCGGUCGAGAGCGACAACGUUGAGCUCGGCUGGCUUGACGCCCGCGACGACGAGCCGUUCCUGCCCGACGCCAGACGCAGCGACGACGACGGCGAUGGCAUUCCGCGGAAUGCCACGGCAGAGGAGAAGACGAGGAAGCCACGCGUCAUCUGGCUGACCGUCUUCUUCCUGAUCAGCUCGUUGUCCUUUGGCAUCGCCGUCGUGCCGCGCAUGAACCUGAUCGUCUCGCUCAUCUGCCGGCAGACGCUGCAAGGGGAUUUCGAUCCGGUGGUGAUUGGCGGCUACAAUCGCCAGUGCCAGGUAGAUGCUGUGUCGGCGCACACGGCGAUGGUGCAGUCGGCCGGUAACGUCAUCUCGGGUGUGCUGUCCGCCGCCGUCGCCGCCUUUCUCAACGUGCUCAGCGACCGCGUCGGCCGCGUGCCCAUCAUCGCGUACACGGCAACAGUGCUCGCAGCCGUUGAGGUUGUGCUAGUGCUGCUUGCAAAGGCGCCGUCUACCACCAGUUAUCGCUGGCUGUACCUUGCGUAUACGCUUGACGGGCUGAGCGGCAGUUUCGCAACCGUCAUGGCCAUGUCAAGUGCAUACAUUAGCGAUUGUGUGGCUGAAGAAAAGAGGAAUGUACAGGUUGGCAGAAUGCAUGGAGCCAUGUUCAUCGGCAUCGCCGUGGGCCCGGCCAUGUCGAGCGGCAUCGUAGCUGGGAGUGGCCAAAAGUCACCACUACUUGUCUUCUAUCUAGGCCUUGCCAUGCGCGCCAUCUCUCUUGUGUACCUCCCGCUUUUCGUGGCCGAGAGCCUGCCGCAUGCACGGAAAGGCUUAGCAGGCGCCUUCCCCGUGUUCUCCCGAGCUCGAUGGCAGCAGAUCACCAAGCCGGCUAGGGGUUUAGACGCUAUCUUGAUCAAACUAAGGAAGCUCAGUCCCAGGAAGUGGUUGGACAGACUCGUGCCCCCUAGUUCUCCGGGUAGCCGGCGAUUGCGGCGUAACGUGGUACUGCUGCUCGCCAUCAAUCUCAUCUGCUACAUCGCCGCCAUGGCGACUUCAGACAUCCUGAUCCUCUAUCCACAAGUCGUCUUCAAAUGGGGCAAUGUCGAGAACAACAUGUUCAUGUCCGUCAUCAACGGCUUCCGCGCCGUUGUCUCCACCCUCGGCAUCCCAGUCCUCAUCUUCUUCUUCCAACGCCGCCGCUCUCCGGCGCUCCCACUCGAUUCCACCCCCAUCCCCCAUACAACCCCUACCCCUGCCCCCCCUCAACCGACCACCUCCCCUACCAGCCCCGCCAUGCUCGACCCUUCCGCCUUCCCCGACCUCGACGCUCUCACCUCGCCCACAACCCCAAUCUCCCCGUACCAGCCCCACCAGCACCCCAACGACGAGUCGGCAAUGCCUCCGCCGCCGCCGCCUCCGCCAGCAAAUCAAGACACCCUCGACCCCCUCGACCGCACCCUCAUCGUCACCGCCAUCCUCUUCGACAUCUUCGGCUACCUCGGCUACGCCGCCUCGCCCAACGGCAUCCUCUUCACGCUCUGCGGCGCGGCCGCCGCCUUCGGCGCCGUCGGCCUGUCGACGUCCGAGGCGGCGUUGACCAAGAUCGUGGCGCCAUCAUCGUCAUCCACCACCACCUCCUCCCCGUCCCAAGCGAGGACUGCAAGGGCGAUGAGGGAGGAGGCGAUGGCAGGCGGUGGGUCAUCGUCGAGGGUGGGUGAACUGAUGGCCGGGCUGGGGUUGCUGCAGAGCGUGGUGCGGAUCGUGGCGCCGGCCGUCGUGAACGCGGUCUAUGGGGCCACCGUCGCGGUGGGUGCGCCGGGGACGGCGUUCGUGGGCGUCGCGGGCGUGUUGGGCGUGGGAGCUGCGUUGACGUGGGGGUUGGUUGUGGGAUGA